AUGCAUGCACGCAACUUGCCAACUAAAGGCACGCAACCAGGUCUGGGUCGCCACGCCAACAUCAAUGCCUGUACAUCUUUUGACCACCAGGUGCCGUCCCCGGAGGCAGAGAGCGCCAAGCCGGUCGUCGGAGCGGACAGCCCCCAGUCUUUCUUCUCCUGUUCGGAGCACCUUGAAGAGGAGCCACUGUUCCAGCCGGACACGACCGGAAAGCCCAUGGAGGACUGGGAGAUCACUUCAGGCCUCGAGACUCCUCGAGGCAAGCAGAGGGUGCCAGUGCACAGGAGCAUGCGGAAGGUGUGGGGCCUCUUCAACCCAAAAGAGACCCCCAUCUUCAAGAUCAAGCCCUUUGACAAGUGGGAGUUCGGGGAGGACGUCUCCAAGGUGAGCUGCGCGUCCCCCUCAUGA